AUCUAGGGCCUGGAAAUCGCGCGCCUCCCUCGCAUCUUCUCCUUCCGCUCGCCCCUUCUCCUCUGACAACACCCCCACCAAACCCUCCCUCUCUUCCGGUCUCUCUCGCAUCAUUUUGCUCAUUUUCUCUCUCUAGGGCGUCGAAACUCCAAAACCCCUGCUCCUCUAUUGAUCCGAGUUUCAGUUGGUGCUGAUUGGAAAUGCAGGUUUGAAACUGUUCUAAACCGAAAGACUUCAAUAUCGUUUAGGUUGGAUCUAAGAAAGCCAAAGAAAAACUGUCCCAGCUAAGAAUUGAUGGCCAAUCAAGAGAUUUUACCUGGAAGCACGAUAAAUACGGAAUCCACCAAACCUCGGAUCCUCCUCGCUGCUUCUGGGAGUGUGGCUGCGAUCAAAUUUGAGAGCCUUUGUCGGAUUUUUUCUGAAUGGGCCGAAGUUAGGGCAGUGGCAACCAAUUCAGCCUUACAUUUCAUAGAUAAAAAAGCACUUCCAAGCAAUGUGAUGCUUUUCACUGAUGAUGAUGAAUGGUCUAGUUGGAAGAAGAUAGGAGAUGGAGUACUCCACAUUGAGCUGAGGAAAUGGGCAGACAUUAUGAUCAUUGCCCCACUAUCGGCAAAUACCCUUGCAAAGAUUGCCGGUGGGCUAUGCGACAACCUUUUGACGUGCAUCGUGCGAGCAUGGGAUUACAACAAGCCUCUCUACGUGGCGCCAGCGAUGAACACCUUCAUGUGGAAUAAUCCAUUCACGAAGCGCCACCUGGAUACGAUCGGCGAGCUCGGUAUAACUCAGAUCCCUCCGAUCGCUAAAUGGCUAGCUUGUGGGGAUUAUGGGACUGGUGCAAUGGCCGAGCCUUCGGAGAUUUAUACCACUAUUAGACUCUCUCACAAGCCGCGAGUCGUUGUUGAUGAGUGUAGCUGAUAAUGCACUGAGGUGCUUUUAUUUUAAUUCUUGUUAGUGCAACAUUCUAAUUUAGUCUCUGACUGUUGUAAAACUCGGUCGUCUUAGCGCUCUGAAACCCUAAAUUCAUGGCGGGGUUAACUUUUCAAGGCUUGUAAAGUGUAGCCAAAAGAGAAUGUAGUGAAAUGUAACAAAAGUAUGAUUGGUUAUAUAAAGUUUUAUCCUAGUAAUAUUUAUUGCCAUGUUGAUUUGAAAAUAAAA